GUUUACGUAAUGUCUGAUUCUCGCUAACGACGUGUUUUCUUCCUGUUUUCUUUUUGCUAUCCGACUGACUCACUGGAAUCCGGGUUUCGUAAUGGGCAUACCAAAUAUGGAAGCUUGGCUCCCAACGCAUUUCCUUUAUUAGGCAGGAAACCCGGUCAAGCUAGCAGAGCGUUUAACAUUCAUUUGUUACACCGCCUUUAUCCUAUCCACGGUUUGCAACCUCGCUUACUCUCGGGGUAAGAUGUUCCCAGCGGUCUCUCUACUUGUGUUUGAGACACUCCUUUAUGGUAUUGCUGGGAUGAAGAGGAGUAGGGUUCUCUUGAAUUGAAAGAAAAACUGUUUGUGCCGCUCACGCUUGUGAAAGACGCUGGAAACUGCAUACCGAUUUUGAUGGCAUGGUUGCCAGAUACACCGACAGUCGAAGAAAGUCAACUUCCAAAGCCGACUAUAAGCUUUGAUCCCGAUUCUGGCAUCGUACUUGAAGGCGGAGUCAUCAUUAUCAAGUGUGAAGCUCGCAUCAAUGGUGCUAAAGAGUUUCAUGUAUUCCAAGGCCGUGAACAAAUUUUCAAUGUUGUCCUGGACUCCAAUUCAACAGCAGUCUUCACUAUUGCCAAUGUAACUUCCAAAAACAAUGGAAACUACCGUUGUAUCUAUUACAAAGAGCUACCUAGUCGAAAGCGAUCAGAGGCUAGUAAUGUCAUACGAUUAACCAUACAGGCAGGAAUAAAGGCACCUCUAACCAUCCUUCAACCAGCUGCCGCUGUGGUUAUUACAGGCGAGAAUCUCAGCAUGUCAUGCACCACUGUUACAAAUGGUCAGUGCUUUUUCUACCAAGAUUAUCACGAUGCAUAUUUGAACUUGCCAAUUGCAGAAGUAAGCAGCAACGUUACCGUUUCCAUAACAGCCCUAGACUUUAACAACGACGGCUGCUACUCGUGCCAGUGCCUCAUAGAAUAUAACGGUACAAAGGUGUACACCGCACGAAGCAACCUAAUGCAAGUUACCGUGUUGGACCGUCAAGAACCGAAACAUAAACCUCGCGGAACGAGGCCCAGUUAUAAUGUUCCUUUGGCUUUGAGUUUGGUUUUUGGCUCAUUCAUAGUACUUAUUCUGAUCUCUGCGUUACUGGGCGUCCUCCUAUCUAAAAAGAUGACUGCUACAGACCAACCAGGCAGCCCAGGUGAAACAGAACUGCAAGCCAUUCCCGAUUAAAAGGUGCACUUGGUGUUCAAACGAACAAUGGACUGUGUUUCGAUUGGGGGGCAUGCUGCAACCGGAGCUCGUAUCCGUGACCGAGAAGUCGAAAAUGCGCAUAGAGCGCUACGCCAGUCUUCUCUGCAAGGCAAUGAGCAAAGGAAGCAAUGCUCCUGGGAAAUAAGGGGAAUAUUUCUCUCAAGAAAAUAUUUCGAUCAGUUGGUGCAAUUGACAAAUUAUAGCAAUAUGUAUAGAUUAUGGACAAUUACCAAAAUAAGGAAUGUUUCACAUAUCCGCCGAUGAAAAGCGUCAGAACAGGGAUUCCAUUCCAACGUCAGGAUCAGCCACUUAAUGCGAUACAACUAGUAGGGCUUAAGCUGCAUGGGUGUGUGGUCCGCCAUCUCUACGCCUAUGCAUUUGUCAAAUGCAGAAUACGUAUUAACGCAGGUAAAAGUAACUAUUUCAGCACUUUGACGCUACCUUUAAACUCAGGUGUCGAACCAUCUUUGAUUUUGCAUCGCGACAGGAGCCUUGCUAUAGGUAUUGUUCCCUGGAGGAUAUGUAAAACGCUUCUUGCAACCUUUCAUGCGGUUUUGCAACUGAACGUGUUAUUUUUAGUGCAAGUCGAAUGCCUCAAAACAAAUAGUGACUGCCAUAGCUUUGCUUUUUAGGCUUAUCUCUCGUAGGUUGGACAUCGAAAUACAUUUUUUUUGGCUAAGAGACGUUUUGCGAUUAUAUAUUAACUUGAAAUAACGAGAUUACGCAUUCAAGGGUCAAGGGAUCAGGCCCAUCUUAGACUCAACGGAAAUAGUUGUGCCAUCGCCCGUGUCUCAGCUUGGAGAAACAUAAUUGUUACAAGUUCACGGAUUCUCAGGCAGCAUCCCUUGUUUUUUGGUGCUGGAACACGCUUGGAAAUUUUAAAAUGCUCACUACGCCUGUACUCGUUCAACUGUUCUAAUUGCUUUUUUUUUGACGCAGGUCACAUUUUAAAUAGCUGCAUCUGAUCGAAAUAUGCAUGUGCAGCCAACACUGAGGUUGUGGAAAAUACAGCAAGGCUAUAUUUGAAGAGUAUAUACACAGGCUUCUUUAAUAUGGGGGCAUAGAUAGAUGAAAUUCAAAGGAGGAAAGUGCGGUGGGGUGAAUGAGGACAGAGAAUGCAAGCUAAAUGCUAUAAGGUUAAACCUGGUGCAAGGAAAGAAAAAAAAAAACGGAUGUCGGUCUGUUGUGUGAAACUAUCUUUGUUAGCGGCAAUGCAGCUGAGAAAGCCUGUGGUAUUUUGUUCGCUUUUUAUGGGCAGUAAUAGAGCACAGAAGUCAGUAUGUUUUCUAAAAUUAUAUAAAGCCCGAGUUCAAAAUC